AUGCUUCAGAUAUUCGUGCCAAUGUGGCACGACGAGCAUUGGUAUAUGUGUGUGGUGGACAUGGGAAGCGAAGAAGUAUUAAUUUAUGAUUCAAUGAGAGAACACGAGCAAACGGAUAUGAAUAGGCGCAGCUCCGUGGAGACUAUGAUUGAAAGGUUGGAAGCAGCGCUGAUUUAUGGUUUGGAGGGGCAGUAUUCGUCAUGCCUUUGGCUGUACAAAAUAAAAGCUGCAACCACAUGUCCACAGCAACGGAAUGCGUGGGAUUGUGGGUUAUUCAUGCUGAAGUACAUGGAUAUGUUAUCAAGUGGAAUUGGAAGCUGGAAAUGGAAUCAGUACAAUUCGGAGCAGGAGCGGCGCAAAGUAGCACUGUCUUUGGUUCUGGAUGAUGCCAACAUUGUCCGUCAUCAAAUUAUGCGAAAAGCGAACACGCACAGGAGGUUGGAGAUGAAUAAAGUUGAGGUUGGAUGA